CUAAGGGGGUUAAUCCUCUGCAUUGUGUAAAAAGGAUGUUUGAUCCUGACUUUUAUGAUACUCCCCUUCUUCCAGUGCUCUCCUCUUAUCUCCUGAGAAGACAUAUCGUAUUGCUAGUUUGUUUGUUUUCUUCUUCUUGGGAGAGUGCAUGUGAUCAGCACAAGGCCAAUCAGCCAAUCUAGAGAGAGACAAAAUAAGCUUUAACCAGUGCUCUGCUGACCACUGAUAUAAGUCACAAGACUGCUAACUGCUGAUGAGAACAAGGUAUUUAGCAGUUUAUUUACUAAAAUAAUUCCAUGUUCUGUGU